GAACUCCUCUCACAAUUGCUCUUUCCGUGUAAUUUCUUUAUAACACCAAAGUUCUAUCCAUGGCUCCCUCUUUCUCGGUGCCUUCAAUGAUUAUGGAAGAAGAAGACAGGUUUGAAGCAGAAGUAGCAGAGGUGCAAGCAUGGUGGAGCUCAGAGAGGUUCAAGCUAAUGCGGCGACCAUAUUCAGCAAGAGAUGUAGUAGCUUUACGAGGUAACCUCAGGCAAAGUUAUGGCUCAAAUGAGAUGGCGAAGAAGCUCUGGAGAACUCUCAAGACACACCAAGCCAAUGGCACCGCCUCAAGGACUUUUGGUGCGCUCGACCCUGUCCAGGUUGCUAUGAUGGCUAAACAUCUUGACACCAUCUAUGUUUCUGGCUGGCAGUGUUCCUCCACCCACACCACAACCAAUGAACCUGGUCCCGACCUUGCUGAUUACCCCUAUGACACUGUCCCGAAUAAGGUCGAACACCUUUUCUUUGCGCAACAAUACCAUGACAGGAAACAGAGAGAAGCAAGAAUGAGCAUGAACCGUGAGGAAAGAGCCAGAACCCCUUAUGUGGAUUACCUGAAACCUAUCAUAGCCGAUGGUGAUACCGGAUUUGGUGGCACCACAGCAACUGUCAAGCUUUGUAAGCUUUUCGUGGAGCGUGGUGCUGCGGGUGUCCACAUCGAGGACCAGUCCUCUGUUACCAAAAAAUGCGGUCACAUGGCCGGAAAAGUGCUCGUUUCUGUCAGUGAACACAUCAAUAGACUUGCCGCAGCAAGACUACAAUUUGAUAUUAUGGGGGUGGAAACAGUCUUGGUAGCCAGGACUGAUGCCGUUGCUGCUAAUUUGAUCCAGACCAAUGUCGACACCAGAGACCAUCAGUUCAUUCUAGGUGUCACCAACCCAAAUCUCAGAGGCAAACCUCUAGCUACACUCUUGGCAGAAGCAAUGGCUGCGGGUAAAACGGGAGCGGAACUUCAAGCCAUUGAAGACAACUGGAUAGCCGCGGCACAACUGAAGACUUUCUCCGAACACGUGGUGGCCGCAAUCAAGAACAUGAAUAUUGGGGAGGAUGAAAAGAGGAAGAGACUAAACCAAUGGAUGAACCAUUCCAGGUUCGACAAGUACCUGUCCAACGAGCAAGCAAGAGAGAUUGCAGAAAGAUUAGGACUCGAUAACCUCUUCUGGGACUGGGAUUUGCCCAGAACCAGAGAAGGGUUCUACAGGUUUAAAGGGUCAGUAAUGGCUGCGAUUGUCCGCGGCUGGGCUUUCGCUUCCCACUCUGACCUUAUCUGGAUGGAAACAUCGACGCCAGAUGUGGUGGAGUGUACCCGGUUUGCAGAAGGGGUGAAAUCAAAGCAUCCGGAGAUCAUGCUAGCAUACAAUCUGUCGCCAUCAUUCAACUGGGAUGCCUCUGGGAUGACGGAUGAGCAGAUGAAGGAGUUCAUUCCGAAAAUUGCCAGGAUGGGUUAUUGUUGGCAGUUCAUAACGCUGGGUGGUUUCCAUGCUGAUGCUCUGGUGACGGAUACGUUCGCAAAGGAUUUUGCGCGGAGGGGUAUGUUGGCGUACGUGGAGAAGAUACAGAGGGAGGAAAGGAAGAAUGAAGUAGACACGCUGGCUCACCAGAAAUGGUCUGGUGCUAACUAUUAUGAUAGGUAUCUCAAGACCGUCCAGGGAGGAAUUUCUUCUACUGCUGCUAUGGGCAAAGGAGUGACUGAGGAGCAAUUUAAGGAGACAUGGACAACGCCAGCAGCUAUGAAUACGGGUGCAGGCACUGGAACUCUUGUGAUUGCCAAGCCAAGGAUGUAGGUGAUUGGUCUAAAAACAAGUUCAAGUCUAUAUGGUGGGCAUUAACAAUUUCCUAUAUAUGGAAUUGGGAUGAAAUAAUAAUGUGGCAAUAAUAUGUCAACGACUUUUGGUUUGAAGUAUCUUGUUUUGAUUACCUCUCUACCGACAUUUUUUCUUUCCAAUUGAAACUUUGUUGAAUGCUUCUUGAUUUUUUUCCUUUUUCUGGCCGGCUUUGAAUACUUGUCGAUAUUGGGCAUGAUGUUUGUGGUCUUUUCAUAAACGUCCAAAUGCCAUGUUUUUGUGUUAUUUUGAUUUAAGUUAAAUAAAAAGUGAUAAGUAGU